AUGCUCUCUUCCCGGAAACUGUUGGCCAUUCUCUCGAAUGUCGUUUAUCUCUUCCUCGCGCUCUUGACGGUCAUAUUCGUUGGGCUGUCGUGUGUUGCCCUUCUUGCCCAAGCAGUUCGCCAGUCCCCAGGCCAGACAUGGACCAAUAAUUUCAACGCGCUCGUCAUUGGCGCGUCCUAUGCUAUCGUGCUUGUUGUCUCGAUAUUCUUCUGUCUCAAACGACGGCUAGCGGUCCGCAUGCGACUCUCUCGAAUAUCCAAGGGUUACACGCUUCUUCGUCGCAGCGAUGCCCCUCCCCCUGUCCACGAGUACAUCGCCCAGGAAUACAUCAGAGCUUGUCUUGUAGCGCACGAGUCGCUGCCCACCCAAGUCGUCCACCCAGGCUGGGGCAGGCCCGGCACGAAAUACGAAGGCAUCCGGUUCCGCAGAGCUCUGCUAGACACAAUUCCCGAGAUAGACAUUCUCGCGCAUAUGGUCAUCCCCGCCCACCCAACGUUGAAGCCCCACGUUCGGAUGCUUCACCAUUUCCGUUACCUGUUGCCGUUGCUCAACAGUCAAGACGACGAGUUCACAGCCUUGCAUUAUUACGAUUCAGCAAUCCAACUUGCUCGCAACUCUGCUCAAGAGCCCACUGAAGACGAGUUCAUACUGGGCAUGGCAGCGGCAGAGGAGAUCAAAAAGACUCUCAACGAAUGCCGACUAGAGGCACUCGAAUCCUCAGUGACUGAUUUCGGUUCCAUUGAAACUUGA